GAGCAGCCCGGCUACCCACGCGUGUUCGCGACCCACGGAGCCCCCAAGCUUUCCUCCGGCGCCCGCAUCCUUCUAGCUCGAUCCUGCACUUGCACCCGCAUUUGCACCGGCCUUUGCUCCCGCAUUUGCACCCACAUUUGCACCCGCAGCCUCUGCCCCAAGCCAGGCGGCUGCCGGGUCGUGAGUCGGUGCCAUGCCCUUCCUCGGGCAGGACUGGCGCUCCCCUGGGCAGAGCUGGGUGAAGACGGCCGACGGCUGGAAACGUUUCUUGGACGAGAAGACUGGCGGUUUUGUGGGCGAUCUAGGCAGUUAUUGCAACCCGGAAGUUUUCAAUAAGGAAAACCUUUUCAACAGCCUGAACUAUGACGUUGCUGCCAAGAAGAGAAAGAAGGAUAUACUGAACAGCAAAGCCAAAACUCAGUAUUUCCAUCAAGAAAAAUGGAUCUAUGUUCACAAAGGAAGUACUAAAGAGCGUCAUGGGUAUUGUACUUUGGGAGAAGCUUUCAAUAGGCUGGACUUCUCAACGGCCAUUCUGGACUCCAGGCGAUUCAACUACGUUGUUCGGCUGUUGGAACUGAUAGCAAGUCACAAACUCACGUCCCUGAGUGGCAUCGCCCAGAACUUCAUGAACAUUUUGGAAAAAGUGGUACUAAAAGUCCUUGAAGACCAGCAGAACAUUAGGUUAAUCAGAGAGCUCCUCCAGACACUGUAUACAUCCCUGUGCACACUGGUCCAAAGAGUCGGCAAGUCUGUGCUGGUGGGGAAUAUUAACAUGUGGGUGUAUAGAAUGGAGACGAUUCUACACUGGCAGCAGCAGCUCAACAACAUCCGUAUCACCAGGCCCGCCUUCAAAGGCCUCACUUUCACGGACCUGCCUUUGUGCUUACAACUGAACAUCAUGCAGCGGCUGAGUGAUGGGCGCGACCUGGUCAGCCUGGGUCAGGCGACGCCAGACCUGCAUGUGCUCAGUGAGGACCGGCUGCUGUGGAAGAAACUCUGCCAGUACCACUUCUCCGAGCGACAGAUCCGCAAGCGACUAAUUUUGUCAGACAAAGGACAGCUGGAUUGGAAGAAGAUGUAUUUUAAACUGGUGAGAUGCUACCCACGGAAAGAGCAGUAUGGAGACACACUGCAGCUUUGCAGACAUUGUCACAUUCUGUCGUGGAAGGGUACCGACCAUCCAUGCACAGCCAAUAACCCCGAGAGCUGCUCUGUCUCCCUUUCACCCCAGGAAUUCAUCAACCUUUUCAAGUUCUGAAUCCAGCUCAUGACAGCACUAAAGAACAGUUAGUUUGCUCCUGCUGAUUGGAUAGAUUGGAAGACAGCAUUUCGACCGUUCAUUUGUAAAUAGUGUACAUUUUCAGCAUUGGCUCAAAACUU